AUGAGGCAGUGGUUUGUCACUGCUAGGGGCAUUAACCCUAUGUGGAAAAAGGAUAGAGUUGACAGCAGCAUGACCUGUGAUGGAUGCUGGAGAAGGCAAGGCAGGAUCCAUGGGAGACUGGCCCCUUGGACUACUCUGAGGCUCAGGAGCUGCCUGGCAGACUUGGGCCUUGCCCAAGGAUUUUUGGCCUCAAAGGCAGCCAUCAGGGCCAACUCCUCACCUUACAGCUCUCAAACAUUAGAGCUGCAAUCUCCUCACCAUGAAACUCGGAAGGUGCUGAGAUCUCAUGUGUAUCCUUCGUCCUUGAAAGUCGGUGAAGGUUUUCCAGCAUACCGAGCAGUGGUUCCCAACCAGGGGUCCAUGGACCCCAAGGGGUCCAUGGAAGAAUUUCAAGGGGUCGAUGAAUCCACUGAUGUAGCAAUGGCGUGCCAGCUGUUGGUAUACUGCCGAUACCUGUUCAAAGGCAUAAUAAAGGAGGAAUUUCUUUGCUGUCAAAAUCUUGAAACAUCAAGUACGGCCACUGAUGUGAUGAAUGCUGUGUCAUCGUUUUUUGACAAGCAUGGUUUGAGUUGGAAUAAUCUUGUUGGAAUCACAACUGAUGGAGCUCCAGCCAUGCUUGGGUCGAGGUCGGGUUUCCAAGCAAAAGUAAAAUCCAAAGCACCAAAUGCAGUUGGUGUGCACUGCUUCAUUCAUCGGGAGGCUCUGGCUUCUAAAUCGCUUCCUUCUGGGCUUCUCACAAUUUUCACUGGUAUUGUCAAGGUCGUGAACUAUGUGAAAACUCUGCCCUCAACACGAGACUGUUCCAGCAACUGUGAAGUUGAAAUGUUUCUUGAUGUACAGAAAAAAUGUGACCUGUUGGAGAUAUUGAAAUCAGAACACUUUGAGCUCCGCCUUGCUUAUCUUGUGGACAUAUUUGAAAUCUUCAACCAGCUGAACUUGAGACUCCAAGGAAAGGAUUCAAACUUGCUCAGCCACUGUGACUCAAUACAUGCAUUUUUGGCCAAAUUGGAGCUGUAUAAGAAGAGAGUGAGUGUAGGAAAAUUUAUGAUGUUUCCAUCAUUGAAUGAAGUUCUUGCUGAUGGUCAGCUUUCAAGUACCUUGUCCAAGGAAAUCAUGGACCACUUGUCUCAGCUAGAUGAUGAAUUUCGCCGUUACUUUCCUGACUUGAGCCCUCAGCAUGCAGGAUUAGCAAAAAAUCCUUUCUUAUGUCAGGUUGAUGAUGUGUUAGAAGACGCACAAGAAGAGUUCAUUGAGCUUCUCCAUGAUUCAACAGCCAAGAAUGUGUUCCAGUCAAACUCCUUGUCUAGCUUCUGGUGUUCAAUGAUGGAAUCAUAUCCAAAAAUAAGUGAUCUGGCAGUUCGAGUUCUUUUGCCUUUUGCUUCAACCUACCUGUGCGAAAGUGGGUUUUCUUCAUUACUUGCAAUAAAAACAAAAUCAAGGAACAAGCUGUCUGUGGAAGAUGACUUGAGGUGUGCACUGGCUGCCACUGAGCCAAGGAUUCAUGAGCUGGUUGCUCAAAAACAACCACAAAAGUCCCAUUGA